AUGGAGGGCGCAUACCGUCAAAGCUCGAGACUAUUAAGGUCUCGCAGCUCCACUCUUCUUCAACAGGGCCGCCGCCUUCCCCGAACCACUGCGGUGACUGCAGUACAGCAACGAGCUCUCACGAAUUCGCCCCGCAGUCUCGCCCCCGAAUCCAUUUUCAGCAACUUCGCAUCUGGUCAGCCGCAACAGGGCGGUGGCCACGUUACUUACUUUAACAAUCAAAAGACUCUCCCGGCCAACACCGUUGUGCGUUUCGUGCCCCAGCAAACAGCAUGGAUCGUUGAGCGUAUGGGAAAGUUCCACCGGAUCCUGGAACCUGGUCUCGCGAUUCUGGUUCCUUUCUUGGACCGCAUUGCCUACGUUAAAAGCUUGAAGGAGUCGGCUAUUGAGAUUCCGAGCCAGAAUGCCAUUACCGCGGAUAACGUCACCCUGGAGCUCGACGGCGUCUUGUACACGCGGGUAUUCGACGCGUACAAAGCAAGCUACGGUGUUGAGGAUGCGGAGUACGCCAUUUCGCAGCUGGCGCAGACGACCAUGCGAUCCGAGAUCGGACAGUUGACUCUGGACCACGUCUUGAAGGAGCGUGCCACUCUCAACACGAAUAUCACACAAGCCAUCAAUGAGGCUGCGCAGGACUGGGGUGUUGUCUGCCUUCGAUACGAGAUUCGAGAUAUCCAUGCACCAGACGGUGUCGUCGCCGCCAUGCACCGCCAAGUCACCGCUGAGCGAUCGAAGCGUGCCGAGAUUCUCGACUCUGAAGGUCAACGCCAGAGUGCGAUUAACAUCGCCGAGGGUCGUAAACAGUCCGUCAUCUUGGCAUCUGAGGCGUUGCGCGAGGAGCAGAUCAACCGGGCCACUGGUGAGGCCCAGGCUAUCCAGCUUAAGGCACAGGCUACCGCCCGUGGAAUCGAGGCCGUUGCCCGUGCGAUCCAGCAGGGAGAGGAAAACGCCCAGAGCGCUAUUAGCCUGAGCGUCGCUGAAAAGUACGUCGAGGCUUUCGCGAACCUGGCUCGCGAGGGUACUGCAGUUGUCGUUCCCGGCAACGUCGGAGAUAUGGGUGGCAUGAUUGCUAGCGCCAUGUCUGUCUACGGCAAGGUCAGCGAGACCCAGGCUAAGGCUCUUGCUGCCAAGGCUAUUGGUGCCCAAGAGGCACCUCGGUCUGCCGAGCCUACCCCCCGAAGUCACGCCGAGGAGCACCUGGAUAGUGAGGUCGCGCCUAUCGAGGAGCACUCAAGUGGCGUUGCACAGAGUGUUCUGGACAGCUUCGAUGAAGCCAGCCAGCAGAAGAGGUGA